AAAGAAUCUUUUGAUUGGGCUGAGUCAAGUUUGAUUUCUCCGGGAAGGAGAAAGGGAGAGAGAGAGCCUUUGAUUCUUCCGAUGGAGGAGCAGAUCGGAGGGAGCGAGGAUAGAUGGAAGGGAUCGUUAGAGAACAUAACGGAGAUGGCUUCGAAUCUCGAUUCUCUACAGAAGCUUCUCCUCAAGAAAGCUGUCUUCGUUGGAGAAGACACUUUCGCUAGAGCUUCUCUAGUCUCCGAACAAGCUCGAGCAAUCAAGGUACUUGAGCAAAGGGUACAAACACUAGAAAGAGAACUAGAUGCUGCCAUUACAGCUGCUGCUCAUGCUCGCUCAGAGAAACGUCAAGCUGAGGCUUCUCAAAAAGCUGCUGAGUCACGUGCGCAAGAGGUUACAAAAGAGCUUGAAAACACCACAAAGGUUUUCAAGCUGCAUAUGGAAGAGCUCCGAGAGAUGCAAGAACAGAUAUCCAAACGCGAUAACGAGAUUAAGCUCUUGGAAUCUAUAAUCCAAACGCUUGGCGGAAAAGAGCGAUUGGGAAAAAGCGGUGUGAGUGGAUGAGAUGCGUUUAUCACUUGUAGAAAUUUUGUAACCCUGAGUUUGUGAGACAGUUUAUGUAUGACAACGAUACUCCUCUUCCAAGGUAAAAUAUUACAAAAGGAUAUUGCCCA